UGUUUAGGUUUUAUUGCAGGUUGGUUUGGAAAGCCCACUCACCCAAACUAUGCAAGCAGUGCCUCCAGUCAAUACAUGCGGGAAUUUCUGGACGAAAUGCAGCCUGGUCAGAUUAGAGAGCAUCUCAGAAAAUUUACACGUCUCCCCCACCUGUCUGGCACAGAGCAGAAUCUGAAGUAUGCAGCUCAGAUUCAGAAAGAGUGGCAGGAAUUUGGCUUGGAUUCAGUAGAGCUGGUGCCAUAUGAUGUCCUGCUGUCCUACCCCAACGUAUCGCAACCCAAUUACAUUGCAAUAGUAGACGCACAAGGCCACGAGGUUUUCAACACUUCCUUAGCUGAGCCCACUCCUGAGGGUUAUGAAGAUGUCGCCAACAUCAUCCCUCCGUACAAUGCGUACUCUGCUAAAGGACAACCUGAGGGGGACUUAGUGUACGUCAACUAUGGACGCACUGAAGACUUUUUAGAGCUACAGAGGCAAUUGGGAAUUAAUGUGACUGGCAAGAUUGUCAUUGUCAGAUAUGGGAAGAUAUUCCGAGGCAAUAAGGUGAAGAAUGCUAUGUUGGCAGGUGCAAAGGGACUUAUUUUGUUCUCUGAUCCAGCUGAUUACAGUGCCAAGGGAGUCAAGGCCUACCCUGAAGGCUGGAACCUCCCAGGUGGUGGAGUUCAAAGAGGAAAUGUUAUGAAUCUGAAUGGAGCAGGAGACUCUCUCACACCUGGCUACCCUGCGAAAGAUUAUACCUACAGAUCCCGUCCUGAGGAUGGAGUGGGACUUCCAAGAAUCCCCGUGCAUCCUAUUGGCUACCACGAUGCAUUUCACCUCCUGAAGAACAUGGGAGGACAAAGUCCUCCAAACCAUUGGAUAGGAGCUAUGAAUGUCUCCUACAGAAUUGGUCCAGGGUUCACCGAUGACUUCAAGAACCAGUUGGUGCGCAUGAACAUCCACACCAACAAUCAGGUGACAAGAAUCUACAAUGUCAUUGGAAAGAUAAGAGGUGCUCUUGAACCAGACAGGUACGUGAUUCUGGGAGGACAUCGGGACGCGUGGGUUUUUGGAGGAAUUGAUCCCAUGUCAGGAGCUGCUUUGGUCCAUGAAACUGUCCGCAGUGCAGGCAAGCUUCUCAGAAAGGGCUGGAGGCCUAGAAGAACAAUAAUAUUUGCCAGCUGGGAUGCAGAAGAAUUUGGACUGCUGGGCUCAACAGAAUGGGCAGAGGACAAUGCCAAAGUCCUUCAGGAGAGAGCAGUGGCCUACAUUAAUGCAGACUCUGGCAUAGAGGGUAUGUAUACACUCAGGGUUGACUGUACGCCAUCUCUACACACACUCGUGUAUGACCUUACAAAGCAGAUUGCCAGUCCAGAGCAAGAUGAGGAAGGAGUUUCCCUGUAUGAAAGUUGGCAUAAGAAAGACAACUGGACAAAUGACCGCGAUGCACCCAGGAUUAGCAAGCUGGGCUCAGGAAGUGAUUUCGAAGCCUAUUUUGUUCGUCUGGGAAUUGCGGCGGGCAGAGCAAGAUACACCAAGAACAGAAAAAUCGAGCGAUACAUCAACUACCCAGUCUACCACACUGUGUAUGAAACCUUUGAGGUUGUGGAGAGAUUUUACGACCCUUCCUUCAAGAGACUUCGAGCUGUUGCUCAAGUAAGAGGCGGCCUCGUCUUCCAGCUGGCAGAUUCCGAGAUCAUCCCUCUCGACGCAAACCAGUACGCAGUCUCCCUCGAAAAGUAUGCACGCAACAUCGAGCAGAUCGCAAAAAUGCACCCGAAGGAGAUGCAGAUAUACGAGGUGUCAUUUGACUCUUUGUUUUCAGCAGUUCACAACUUCACUGUUGCAGCAAGAGACUUCCAUGAGAGGCUAAGAAACGUGAACAGAGCAGAUCCUCUGCAGGUACGUGCAAUGAAUGAUCAGCUCAUGUAUCUGGAAAGGGCUUUCAUAGACCCCCUCGGCUUACCUGGAAGACCUUUCUACAGGCAUGUGGUAUUUGCACCAAGCAGCCAUAAUAAAUAUGCAGGGGAGUCUUUUCCCGGCAUCUAUGACUCAUUGUUCGACAUUAAGUACUCGGCAGACCAAGAGAAAGCCUGGAAUGAAGUCAGGAGACAAAUCAGCAUAGCUGCAUUCACAGUCAACGCUGCUGCCAUGACGCUUACAGCGCCUGCAUAA